AUGCUGGAGAUUCAACUUCGCUUUGACGAUGAAUAUUUUGAAACCCAGAAAGUUCAUGGAAAGAAGUUAACCCCAUUAAAGUUGAACGAAAAAGCUUCCGCCUCCUCCUCCUCCUCCUCCCUCUCCUCUUCUUCUUCUUCUUCUUCUCCUCCUCCUCCCCCUCUUCUUCUUCUUCUUCUUCUUCUUCUUCUUCUUCUUCUUCACAAGAACCCGAUAAUAUUGAAACUCUUUAAUAUCGAGCGUUUAGUUUUUUCCAAAAUUUUGAUUGGGGACAAUUUUUUAAAAAUCCGUUUAUAUUUUCGUGUACCCUCGUCUGUCUGUCUAUCUCUAUCUCUCUCUCUCUCUCUCUCUCUCUAUCUAUCUAUCUAUCUAUCUAUCUACGGUGGACUCUCCGGUUUUAUAUCAUAUUCUUUCUUUCUUUCUUUCUUUCUUUCUUUCUUUCUUUCUUUCUUUCUUUCUUUUAUUGUUUUUUAUGUAUGUUUAUUUUUUCUGGUUUCGUAUUGUUUUUUUCUCAUUAAAAAUUCCUUUCCUUUUUUUUUCUUUCUUUUUUUUGUUUCGCUCAUUCGUAUUUUUUCUUUCUUUUAUUGUCUGUAUUUAUCUUUAUUUUUCAUGUUUCGUGUCGUUUUUACUUUUUUCGAAUUUCAAAAAAAAAGUCCUAUUUUCUUUGUUUCUUUCUAUUUUCUUUCUUCAAUUUCUGCUUUACUUAUUCUUUUUUCUUUCAUCAUUUUAAUAUAUCUUUAUUUAAAUUCGUUCUUCUGUUUACUUUCUAACUUUUUCCAUUUUGUUUCAUUCAUUUUAUUUUUGCUUCAUAUACUCUCUCAUAUCCGCUUCUUUCUUUCUUUCUUUCUUUCUUUCUUUCUUUCGAUUAUUUCUGUCUUUUUCUCAACCUUUUUUUAUCACCCUUUUUUCUUCUCUUCUUUCAUUAUUCACAUCUUAAUCUUUCUAUUUCCUUUGUCUUUUUUUGUUUUUUUUUCUCAUUUAAAAAAAAAUUCCUUCCUUUGUUUCGAUCGCCCGUUCGUUCGUUCGUUCAUUUUUCUUUUCUUCCUUUUAUUGUUUUUAUUUCUUUUUUUUUUUAGGUUUCGUAUCAUUUUUUUUUUUAUCAUUUCAAAAAUUUUUCCUUUUCUUUCUUUUUUUUAUUCCGUUCGUUCGUUCAUUCUUUUUCUUUCAUUCUUUCUUUUAUUGUUUUUUUUUAUCUGUAUUUUUUUCAAGUUUCGUGUCGUUUUUUUCAUAUUUAAAAAAAAUCCUUCUAUUUUUUUUCUUUAUUUCAUUUUUCUCUCUUUUUCUUUUAUUUCCUCUUCAUUUUUUUCUUUUUCUUUUAUCAUUUUAAUAAUUUUUUAUUUAAAUUCGUUUUUUUUUUUAAAUUUUUUUCCUUUUUGUUUCUUUCAUCAUAUUUCUCAGUCAUACACUCUCUCAUAUCAGCCUUUCUUUCUUUUUAUUAUUUCUUUCUUUCUUUCUAUUAUUUCUUUCUUUCGUUCUUUCUUUCUAUUCUUUCUUUCUUUCUUUCUUUCUAUUAUUUCUGUUCUUUUCUCAACCUUUCUUUCGUUCUUUCUUUCUUUUUCUUCCCUUCUUUCAUUAUUUAUAUUCACACCGUAA